CUCUCUCUCUCUCUCUCUCUCUCUCUCUCUCUCUCUACACGUCGUCCCACAUUCCUUUUUUCUUUUUUCUACAAUUCGUUUCGCGCGCAAUCAUUUCAUUCCUCAGUAAUCAAUUAAAUCACCUUUCAUGGGCGCGCACUUCUCCAAGAGGGCCGGCGACUCCGGCGCGGCGGCGGCGGCGGCGGCGGCGGCGACGGGCGCAGGAGGGGGGAUGGAGUACUCGUCGGAGCUGAGCUCGUACGAGGCAGCGUGCCGCGUGGACCCGGAGCUGCGGUCGUUCGACGCGGCGCUGCACCGGCGGACGAGCGAGGCGAUCACGGCGCUGGCGUCGGGGGUGGAGGUGCGGGCGCUGUCGCUGGGGUCGCUGCGCGAGGUGACGGGGUGCCUGCUGGACAUGAACCAGGAGGUGGUCCGCGUCAUCCUCGACUGCAAGGAGGACAUCUGGCGCAGCCCCGACCUGUUCGCCCUCGUCGAGGACUACUUCGACUGCAGCCUCCGCACCCUCGACUUCUGCUCCGCCCUCGAGCACUCCCUCCACCGCGCCCGCGACUCCCACCUCCUCGUCCACGUCGCCCUCCAGCGCUUCGCCCAAGAACACCACCAAAACCCCGAUGCCGAUGCCGAUGCCGAUGCCGAUGCCGACCCCGAAGCCGGCAGGAGCAGGUACGCCGGCACGCUGGAGGAGCUGAGGCGAUUCACGGCCGCCGGCGACCCCUUCACCGAGGAGUUCUUCGCCGCCUUCCACUCCGUCUACGUCCAGCAGCUCUCCAUGCUCGACAGGCUCCAGCAGCACAAGCGCAGGCUCAACAAGAGGAUCCGCACCAUCCGGACCUGGCGCCGGGUCUCCAGCAUCAUCUUCGCCGCCACCUUCGCCGCCGUCCUCAUCUGCUCCGUCGUCGCCGCCGCCAUCGCCGCCCCCCCCGUCGCCGCCGCCCUCGCCGCCGCCGCCGCCAUCCCCGUCGGCUCGAUGGGCCGCUGGAUCGACUCCCUGUUCAAGAACUACCAGGACCUGCUGCGCGGCCAGAAGGACGUGCUGCGCUCGAUGCAGGUCGGCACCUACAUCGCCAUCAAGGACCUGGACAGCAUCAGGGUCCUCGUCGCCCGCGUGGAGGUCCAGAUCACCUCCUUGCUGGGCAGCGCGGAGUUCGCGCUGCGGGACGAGGAGGCCGUGCGGCUCGGGAUCGAGGAGAUCCAGAGGAAGAUGGACGAGUUCAUGCAGAGCAUUGAGGACUUGGGGGAGCAGGCCGAUCGCUGCAGCAGGGAGAUCCGAAAGGCGCGAACCGUCGUCCUGCAGCGGAUCAUUCGGCACCCCAAUCGAAUUUCCGGAGACUGAUGAAACCGGGUGGCAUCAGCUGAGAAUUAAAAACCAUGCUGUUUCUGAGACUAACAAUAAUGCGCGGUUUGCAAAGGUCGCAAAAAGUUCGAACCCUUUGGAGUCCUCAUAACAUAAGCUAUCAUUCUAAACCUUCAUUAUUUAUUACUGAAACUCUGUUGUCUGUUCUGCCUUGCCUGUAACAUUUAUAUUUGUUUUUUUUCCUUUAUUUUUCUUUUAUUACUGCACACUUCUAGUAGGAUAAAAUCUGGUCACUGCCUUUAUUUCGUACAGUUAUUAUUCUGUAAAUAGCGUGAAUGUUAAUGAAAAAAAUUACAUUUUCUUCUUGUUUUA